UUGAAUAUGUUUUAGAGAAUUUCAUGGAGGUGACCCGGACCCCUGAGUUUUUAAGUUUAAAUGCUGAGAAAUUGCAGGCACUCAUAGAGAGCGAUAAAUUGAAUGUGAGUUGUGAAAAAGAUGUAUUUGACGCUGUAAAUCGGUGGUAUGAAUACGACGCUGCAGGGCGCCAACAGAAACUGCCAGACUUAAUCGGUAGUUUACGCCUUAAUCAGCUGGAUACGGAUUUCCUAUUGAGAAAAGUUCAGUUACUGCCUGGCUGUGAGGUAUUAGCUUUAAGAGCGAUAACGUGGACUACGCUACCUACAAAUCGUACAAUGGUGUCGUUAAAGUUUACAACGCCUCGAAAAGAUGUGCGCAACACGUCGGAGGAAACCAUACUAUUGGCAAUAGGAAGAAGUGAAGGGGAUGUAAAAAUUUUUCAAUAUGACAAAGCUGAAGAUGAAUGGCACAAAUAUGACGAUAUGGAAUAUGAUUUCAGCAGUUCUGAAAUGGCAUUCGUUGAUGACAGUCUAAUCUUUAUUGGUGGGUGCUCCGAUAUCAAGCCGACCAAUGUUGUUAAAAGCUGGAACAUAAAAACGAAAACAUGGAGUACAUUGCCUUCGAUGGCACAGCCUCGAGGUUGGCCAAGUGUUAUAUCAUUGAACGGGAGUAUCUACGCCAUUGGUGGAUGGACUACAAUUAUCCAACGUACAAAUUCGGUCGAAAUAUAUAAACCUGGUAACGGAUGGGAUUUUGUAAGCAGCAUGUCAACAGCACGUUCUGGCGCCGGCGCAGUGGUUUUAAAUGGCAAAAUUUUCGUUAUGGGCGGCUGGGAUGGAAGUUACCAAUUAAAAUCUGUUGAAUGUUACGAACCAUCUUCGGACUCUUGGACCCAGUGUGCGUCUAUGAACGAAGGCCAUAGUUUGCCUGGGGUCGCCGUAAGCAAUGGAUGCAUUUAUAUUUUAGGUAGUGAAAUGGCUCUAAGUUGCAAAACAGUUGAAUGCUAUGACCCUCAAAAUAACAAAUGGACUAAGAUCUGCGCUUUGAGAGAUGGACGUUACGGUAUAGGAUGUGUUUCUACGGAUGACCGACUGUGGGCUGUGGGAGGUAUUCCUUCAAAUUCCGUGUCAGUAUACAAUUCGGAACGUGAUGAAUGGAUCGAAAAGAAACCAAUACCCAAAAAUGGUCGAUACUCUUGUUAUGUUGUGGCUAAAACGUUAUUUGAAAGUGAAUAAGUGAUGCAAUGUUUAAUAAGAAGAUACUUACUAUGUACUCUUCAGAGAUGAAUCUAUUUGGUUGAGGCAGUUUUUGAUAUUCUAUGGUCCUCUGCAAUAAUGACACAACUCAAAAUUCAAAAAAUAAAAUCCCUUACUACCGUUAAGUGCUUCAUGUAUCUAAUCCUUGUCUAACCCAUGUCCAAUCCUUUCUAAAGUAUGUAACAAUGACUACUAAAGUAAGUAGUAAGGAUUAGGAAUGGAUAAGACAAGGAUGAGAGACGUGAGGCAAUUAACAGUAGUAAAGGCUUUACUUUUCUGAAGUUUGAAUUGUGUCGUUAUUGUAGAGGACCAUCGAUAUGUAUGCCCAUAUUUAAAAAACAAAUUUAAUUUUAAUGGAUUUUGCAACUGUUAUUUUUGUUUGUGUAAUGGAUUUUCGUGCUACAGUUAGAAGU